AUGACGGAGGAAGACGCGCGCGUAGAAUCGUACCGGGUGCCGAAGAUUCCGCCCUUCUGGCGACAGGCACCGGAGGACUGGUUUUUGCGAGUCGAAGCGUCGUUCCGAAACGCGAACAUUACUGUCAGUAGUACUAAAGUCGAUUACCUAAUCGCUGGCCUCGAUCCAGAGGUCAUUUCUCAUGUCCGGGAUCUAAUCACGGCGGACCCGCCGCCCGCUGAUUUGUAUAAAGUGCUCAGGGAUAGGAUUCUUGCGACGUUUGCGGUCUCACCGGAGGCCCGCUUACGGCAAUUGCUUAAAGGACAGGUUCUGGGGGACCGGAGACCCUCUCAUUUGUUAAGUCAGAUGAACCAGCUCAACGGUGGUCAAUGCAGUUCCGCCGUAUUAAGAUCUCUCUUUAUUGAGCUGUUGCCUGAGACGCAUAAGACGAUUCUCGUUGCUACUAAUGAACCUGAUCUGCAAAAAUUGGCAGAGAUCGCGGACAAGCUCGCGGAUAUUAACGGACCUAGUUCCGCUGUCGCCGUCGUCGCGCCUAAGAAAGAAUCCCGAAGUGCUCGUUCUAAAGCUCCCUUGAGCACUGACGAGCGGAUCGACAAGCUUACCAAGCAGAUCCAAUCCCUGAGCACCUCGGUCGCAAAGUUGCGCCGAGAUAGGUCUUCCUCCCGCAAGCGUAAUGAUAAGCGUGGUGAUGAGGCAGAUAAGCCCGAUACUAAGGUAGGCUACUGCUUCAUUCACC